GAUUUUCUUCCUCGAGGAUCAGGCAUUGUCACCCGUAGACCUCUCAUCCUGCAGCUGUGCUUUAACAAAGCCGGUGAGUCUGAAUGAUCUUACAACCAUGGCCUUGUCUGUCUUCUCAUUGCUGCUGCCAUGGACCUGCCUCCUCCACUCAGCAACACUGUCUGGUGCCUGGUAAAGACUUUCAUCUCUCUCUUCUGUCUCGCUUUCUCUCUCUGUGUCUCGGUCUUUCUUUCUCUCUCUGUCUCUCUCUCUCUCUCUCUCUCUCUCUCUCUCUGUCUCUGUCCCUCUGUCUCUCUCCCUCUGUCUCUCUCUGUCUCUUUCUCUCGUCUGUAGAGUAUGCAGAGUUCCUACACUGUAAAGGGAGGAAGUUUGUGGACUUUGAGGAGGUCCGGGCGGAGAUCGAGGCGGAGACGGACAGGAUCACAGGCUCCAAUAAGGGCAUCUCCCCCAUCCCCAUCAACCUCCGAGUCUACUCCCCUAAUGGUAAUGCUCACCAACAGUUACUAGUUUACUGUUCAUUUUAACAGUUGGAGGCAUGCGUUCACGCACACACAAACACAAAUGCAUGCACACACAAAAGCGCAGCAAACACUCUCAUUCAUGUAUCAACCUCUCAAAGAUACGACCUUCACAAUGUAACACACACAUCAUGCAGUCUUCAUGGCAACAUUCAUAUGUCCUCUCUCUCCAUCUCUCCCUCUAUCUCUCCCUCAGUGCUAAACCUGACUCUGAUCGACCUGCCGGGGAUGACUAAGGUGGCAGUGGGGGACCAGCCGCUGGACAUAGAGCAUCAGAUCAGGGACAUGCUGCUGCAGUUCAUCACCAAGGAGAGCUGCCUCAUCCUGGCCGUCACCCCCGCCAACCAGGACCUGGCCAACUCAGACGCCCUCAAGAUUGCCAAGGAGGUGGACCCACAGGGUAAGGGACUAGCCUAGUGGUACUCUACUGGUUCUCUAUUUUUACACAACUGGUUCUCUAUUGGUACUCUACUGGUUCUCUAUUUUUACUCUACUGGUUCUCUAUUGGUACACUACUGGUUCUCUAUUUUUACACUACUGGUUCUCUAUUUUUACACUACUGGUUCUCUAUUUUUACACUACUGGUUCUCUAUUGGUACUCUACUGGUUCUCUAUUGGUACUACUGGUCUCUUUUUGGUACUCUACUGGUUCUCUAUUUUACACUACUGGUUCUCUAUUUUUACACUACUGGUUCUCUAUUGGUACUCUACUGGUUCUCUAUUGGUACUCUACUGGUUCUCUAUUGGUACUCUACUGGUUCUCUAUUUUUACACUACUGGUUCUCCUAUUUUACACUACUGGUUCUCUAUUGGUACUCUACUGGUUCUCUAUUGGUACUCUACUGGUUCUCUAUUGGUACUCUACUGGUUCUCUAUUUUUACACUACUGGUUCUCUAUUUUUACACUACUGGUUCUCUAAUGGUUCUCUACUGGUACACUAUUGGUACUCUACUGGUACUCUAUUAGUACACUACUGGUACACUACUGGUACUCUAUUGUUACACUACUGGUACACUAUUGGUACUCUAUUGGUACUCCCAGGACCAAAAGAUGAGGAUGGGCACUUGAUUUCUGGGUGGUGUUCAUUUGGUGCAACAAAUAGACUGAAACAUGGAUGCACUACCUGGAUUUGUCCAAUAAGAAAUGCUCAAUUUCUAUUUUCCAUAUUUUUUCCAUUGUUUGCCCUACUGAACAAUUAUAUUCAACUAAAGGAGAUGAGGAAUGGAAGGCUGGGUGGACAGGCAGUAGUCAGGACUAAUAUGAAGACUACUUGGUUCUUUUCAGGUCUGCGUACUAUUGGUGUGAUCACAAAGCUGGACCUGAUGGACGAAGGGACUGAUGCUAAAGACAUCCUGGAGAACAAACUGCUACCGUUGCGUAGAGGUGAGGAGAUACACACACACACACACACACACACACACACAUCAUUGACCGCAGAGUAAUAAGUGUGUGCUCUCUCUCCAGGCUAUAUCGGCGUGGUGAACCGCAGUCAGAAGGACAUAGACGGCAGGAAGGACAUCCGCGCUGCGCUGGCUGCUGAGAGGAAGUUCUUCCUGUCUCACCCGGGCUACAGACACAUGGCCGAGCGCAUGGGCACCCCACACCUGCAGAAACAACUCAACCAGGUGAGAGAUUACUCAACGUUCACCUUUCUGUUGUUCUACACUGAUGUUCUAGUCUGCGUUCCAGAUCAGUUUUUUUUCUGUUUUGUCAACUCUGACGUACGGCACCAACCGAUCUUAAACCAGGCUAUAAUGUUCCUUGGAAACUCACUUGCUCUUUCUUUGCCUAUACAUUCUCUCUCUCUCUCUCUCUCUCUCUCUCAUUUUCCCCAUCCAUUUCUCCUUCUGUCUCCCUCCCUCCAUCCUCUCCUCCCUCACUCAUCGUGUCCCUCUCUCUCUCCUCAGCAACUGACCAACCACAUCAGGGACACCCUGCCUGGGCUGCGCAGUAAGCUGCAGAGCCAGGUGCUCUCCCUGGAGAAAGAGGUGGAGGAGUACAAGAACUUCCGUCCCGACGACCCCACACGCAAGACCAAGGCUCUGCUGCAGUGAGUAGAGGACGAGCUCACAGACCUACACACACACACCACCAUAGUGAGGAGCUCCAGAGUUCUGACCCUGACUCUCUGUCUUUCUCCCCAGGAUGGUGCAGCAGUUUGGGGUGGACUUUGAGAAGCGUAUUGAGGGUUCUGGGGACCAGGUGGACACAGCGGAGCUGUCGGGCGGUGCCAAAAUCAACCGGAUCUUCCACGAGCGCUUCCCCUUCGAGCUGGUCAAGGUGAGCGCCGCAGCCUCAAUACUCACUGUCACAAUAUUUCUAGGCAUUUAUAGAAGAGAAGUUAAUCUGCCUGCUUGAUUGUUUUGACCACAGUUGAUAGACUUGUUUAGAAGUGUGAAUUUUAGAGUGCAGAAUGGAUUAACAGUUUUUCUUUUUUUCUUUCUCUCUCUCAGAUUGUGUUUGAUGAGAAGGAGUUGAGGAGGGAGAUCAGUCAUGCCAUCAAGAAUGUCCACGGUGUCAGGCAAGUGGAGGAGAGGAGGGGACGUCCUGUGUCUCCACACACGCACACCACCACCAGCUCUUUCCUCUUCACUGUCAACCCUCUCUGUUUCCUCCUUUCAUGUAAAACUGACACACAGCAUGCUUAGCGAUCACUGAAAGAGCACUGAGCCUAAAAUGCCCACAGAGCACUCUCCCACAGAACUGCCUACCAGACACUCAAAUGGUUGUUGUUCUAUGUGAAAUCUAAACCCAUUAAAUGUUCUCCCAUUCCCCCACUCCUUCCUCCCCACCUCUAUUUGUCUGUAAUAUCUUCCUUCCUGUUUCCUUGUGCGUACAUCAAUCACUGUUUUGUGUACUGUUUUUCUGUUUCGUGUUUGUAUGCUGAUAACUCUGGCUCUGCUCUCUUUUCCUUCUCUGUCUGUCAAUGUCUCUUUGUUUGUUUUUUAUCUUUUCAUUUAAUUUUUUAUAUGUACUUUUCUCGUUGUCUGGACUGUUUUCUCAUUGUCUGGACUGUUUUCUCUGCUCGUCUUUAUCUGUUUUUGUCUAACUGUCAUCUCUCUGACUGGACAAUAACUUGUCAUCUCUCUGACUGGACAAUAACUUGUCUAACUGUAAUCUCUCUUACUGGACAAUAACUUGUCUAACUGUCAUCUCUCUGACUGGACAAUAACUUGUCUAACUGUCAUCUCUCUGACUGGACAAUAACUUGUCUAACUGUCAUCUCUCUGACUGGACAAUAACUUGUCUGUCUGUCUAACUGUCAUAUCUCUGACUGGACAAUAACUUGUCUGUCUGUCUAACUGUCAUCUCUCUGACUGGACAAUAACUUGUCUGUCUGUCUAACUGUCAUCUCUCUGACUGGACAAUAACUUGUCUGUCUCCCUGCCUCUCUGUUUUUUUUGUCCCUGUCUGUUCGUCUCUGUCACUCCGUCCCCGUUUCCCCCCCUCUGUCUGUCCGUCUGUCUAUGUCUUUGUGCGUCCUCAGAACGGGCCUGUUCACUCCCGACCUGGCGUUUGAGGCCAUCGUGAAAAAGCAGAUCAUUAAGCUGAAAGAGCCCUGUAUCAAAUGUAUCGACCUUGUCAUUCAGGAGCUCAUCAACACAGUCAGGCAGUGCACCAACAAGGUACUGCAGCCUGGUGUCCGGACUCCCGUCCUGUCCCGACCCAGCCUGGCCACCAGGGGGCGAUGCUGAGGGGGGCACAACACUGACCCACACUCUGCUCCACAACAGCUGUCCAUCCAUGGUCUCUAUGACCCUUUAGAUAGCACAACUAGGGCCCAGAGUUUUUCCAGUCAGGUCAUGUAGUCAUGUAAAAAAAAAACUCCUGGCCCUAAUCAGAACGUCUACUGUGUAACCACUCUAUAGAUACUUCUAUAGUGUAGAUAAGGUGUGGUAUAUGUCCAGAGGACUGGAUGGUGCAGAUAUGGGGACAGUUUGACUCCCCCUCAGCCCGCCACAGCUAGCGGUGUGCCAGGUGCCGCUGUCGUGUUUUGGGAGUUUUGUGACGGUUGUGGUGUCGUCGUCGUGGAGACAGAAUGGUUGGGGAUGGCCAUUCCCCGAGCAUCACUGGUCUCACAUGGACAAGCUGCAGGUCUCAUCUGUCUAAGACCUGAUACACACUUAGGACUUAUAUAGCUAGGGUGUUAGUUAUGUGGGUACUGUGAGUUGAAUAUGUGCCCACAUAUCUAUAUUGUAGACCUAGUUUGAGAAGAACUUCCCUGUCAAGAGAAGAGGAUGUGAAAGCCUGCAGCUUGUCCUUAUCUUCUUGCUUUGCUUGUAUUUCUAAAGACGAGAUUUCUAGUUUGACAGAUGACUAACUAAACUAAGAAUCUUCUUGUUUUUAUUUCUCUCUUUCCUGUAUUUCUCUCUCUCGCCUCUGUUGUUAUUUCUCUGUCUAUCCCCUCUCUCUCUGCUGCCCCCCCCCCCCACCCCCCCAUACCCCCUCAGAACGGGGUUGUUCACCCCUGACCUGGCCUUUGAGGCCAUAGUCAAAAAGCAGAUCCUCAAACUGAAAGAGCCCAGCCUGAAAUGUGUGGACCUAGUGGUGUCCGAGCUGACCGCGCUCGUCAUGAAGUGUUCCGUCAAGGUAACCAAGAGCAGACUCACCCCUCACAGGAAAGAGGGGGUGAAAAGAAGGAAGAGAGGGAGAGUGUUCCGGAGCGUAUCCUCUCAUCUGUGAUUGAAUGCCCAUCCCUGUCCCCCUCGUGCCUCUCCUCCACCGCUCUCCAAUCAGCAACCUAUCCUAAUGAAAUCACCCCCCACGCCAUCUAUCCUCAGUGCCUGGAUUGUGUGUAUCCCUCCCUCACCACGCACAUCCCCUCCUUUUGUCCAAGCCACACGUGUCCGAUCGAGCAUUGACUUGCAAAUCAUGUCCGAAUUUUAAGCAGCACAUCUUAAAACUUCCUUUCAGUAGCCCCUCUCCUCACCCGUGCCACCGUUUGAUUUGAGCACAUUAAGACUGAUUUUCCACCUCCAUCUCCCUCCUCCUCAAGACCCAGACCUCUGUCUAUCAGAAGAUCAGAGCACAGAUCAAUGCUCCAGGGCUAUAAGGCUUCACUCACUCACUGACCCAGCACUGACCCAUUGACAUUAUUCUGUCUGACUAACCAGAUGGAAAAGCAACAUGAGGGAAACAAUACAAAUAUCUGCUGGCGCUCUGUACCAGGUGGUGUAGCCAUAGCAACAGUGCUGCUCAACAACCAUGCCAUCUUGUGGAUGGAGGGGGGAAUUGCAUUUCAAAGACCCACCACAGUACAUCCCUUUCACUGUCACUCUACCUCUGUGAUAUUAGUUCAGCUGAAGAAAGGAUCUCCCUUCACUCUGUCGUUCACCCUCCUCUUCUUCAUUCUCCUGAUCUGUUCUUCACUAACAUGAAAUAAUAUCAGCAGUCACCGUCAGCUCGGAAUGAUUGUUUACUGUCACCCGGAAAACUAUAGUGUCAACUGUAAGUUAACGUUGAAUGAUCUAAUUUCCUAAAUGUUUCUCUGCAUUUUAUCCAUUGAGCCAUUUGAAGGUUGACUCCAGUCAACUAGAACUAAUCAUCACCACAUUACUCCUCAUGGUGUCCAUCAUGGUCAUUCCCAGCUGUGGCUGAAUGCCCUGCCCUUAUGCCAUAGAUCACAGACAUUCAUCCUGUGUGCAUGCCCGUUAAGGGUUGUGUGGGUGUGUGUGUGUGUGGUAGUCAAUAUGAUUACUAUAUUCACUGCUGAACACCUAUGUCCUACCCCUAUCCUAUACUCUUGAGUGUACAAAACAUUAAGAACACCUUCCUAAUAUUGAGUUGCACUCCCUUUUGCCCUCAGAAGAGCCUCAAAACUUAAAUAUUGUGUCUUUCCCAUUCACCCCCUGAAUGGCACACAUACACAAUCCAUGUCUCAAUUGUCUCAAGACUUAAAAAUCCUUCUUUAACCUAUGUCCUCCCCUUCAUAUACACUGAUUUUGAAGUGGAUUUAACAAGUGACAUCAAUAAGGGAUCAUAGUUUUCACCUGGAUUCACCUGGUCAGUCUGUCAUGGAAAGAGCAUGUGUUCCUAAUGUUUUGUCCACUCAUUGUAUCUGCUUCAUCUCCUGUCUUCUCUAUGUGAAUGGGAGGUAGGUCUGCCUGUAUAAUCAUGCCAGAGUGUUAGUGUAUGCUAGUGUUUCUCUGUGUGUCUAUAUGGUCAGUGUUGCAGUUGUAUUUUGUGUUACCUUGCAGCUGGGUUCUUACCCCCGGCUGAGAGAGGAGACCGAGAGGAUUGUUACCACCUACGUCAGAGAGAGAGAGGGCAAGACCAAGGACCAGGUCAGUGCAUUUAGGGCCUGUUUUUACCAGGAGUCUCGGGGUAGGAAUGCCCUUGUAGGAUCAAUUCAGCCUUUUAGAUCAUAAUGAAUUACGUUAUAUGGUCAGGGCGACCUGAUCCUAGAUCAGCACUCCUAUUCUGAGAUGCUUUUUUAAUGCAGGCCCUGACCACUGACAGAGAAACACUCCCAACAGGAGAUUUUAAGAAAAAUACUGUACAUUUCUAUUUCUCCAUUUGAAUCAAUUGUUUGUACUUGCCUUUCUUGCACUUGUCUUUUCUGUACUAGCACUGACUUUGCAGAUAGCUGCUAUUUUGAAGGCUGUACUUGCUUGAUUGUGAUAAGUGGUGGUUGAUGCGCUGAUUUGUAAAUUGCGUCUGUUCAACGAGUAAAUAAAUGUGAUGUAAAAUUAACUCUAUUCUCAUAGUGAAGCUCUGUCUUCAUUCUAGGUGAUGCUGCUGAUUGACAUUGAGCUGUCCUACAUCAACACCAACCACGAGGACUUUAUAGGCUUUGCCAAGUAUGAAUCCUACUACCCCCCCCCACUCUAAUGUACCCCACCCUUCUCCCCCUUACCCCUCUCACCCUAAUGCUCGCUCUCCAGCUCCCAGCUGAAGGUGUGAUUGUGACGUAGUCCUAGGGCACCAGACUAACUCACUACUGCCCAAAGUCAGAUUUGUACUGUACUUGCUGAACUGGGCAUGGACUGAACUGAACUCUGCUGAAGAUCGAUCGGGUAGAGCCCCAUAAGCUUUUUUGUCUGACUGCUUGUGCUUGAUAGUUAUUCCUACAGUAAGUGCCAUUCCCUAUUGACUUGAAACAAUCAAUACCUCAAUCCCUGUGUGGCCACUUUAUCACAACCCCCAAAUACACUCACAGAUACCACUGUCGCUACAAACCACAAUUACCACUACUUCUUCUAUCAGUAUUACUCUCUCUAUUCAGCUCUGCUAUAUUCUAGGUUGCGCUCUCUCCCUUUCUGACCCUGACUAACUGGAGCUGUUUUGGUUUUUCAAGGACCCUUAUUUGUUGUGUGCUAAGGGGUUGACUUGAGUGAGUUUGACUGGAGUUUUUAGCUGUUGACUGCAUUGGUUAUUAAUAAUAACAUGGUGUUGUUUUGGAAUCCUGAGUUCCUGCAUCUUACUGAUAGGCCAGCCCUAGCCACUCAUACUGGAUGUCCUGCCAGAGCUUGACAUGCGUUGACUUCUGCCCUCUACACUGUCUCCAGUGUAGCAAUUACUGUAGGGUUCACAGCAUGUAGCUAGCUGAGUUGAAAGUCUCUUCCAUAGAAAUAUAAUGACUUCUGUUUCUAUGGUCUUUUCCCUCUGCCUGAGGUAUGUGUCUGAUUACGUAACAUAGCAAGGCCCCUUGUGUUUCUGUAUGCCGCGUGGGUUCCUUUCAAAUCAUCCGCAUGGAGAAUGGGUUGAUGGAUUGAUUAGAAGUGUUGUGCGGUCAGGUAGGUAGGGGUGUUAACGUGUCUCUCGUGGCGUCACUUCCAGUCUUGACUUCAGAAGGCACGAUGAUGGUAGCCCACCAGGGUACGGCAACAACAGGUGGGCUGUCUAGAAUCGCACAGGGGUGUCUGAGUGUCACCCUCCCUCCUCCUCCCCACCCGUUCCCCCAGACCCCACUCUCACUGUUCCCACGACUAUGUUUGAUAACUUGAAUUAUAGGACCGGUUUGAUAGCUGUUAAACGAUUUGAUUGGUCAAUACACAUUAUUACCCAAACAUUGUUGAUGCUGAUUGUUAUUUUGAAUGUGUUGUUUUCCUUCUGAAUCUGUCUUUUUCUAACAGUGCCCAGCAGAGAAAUACACAUCAGAACAAGAAGAGGGCCAUUCCAAACCAGGUACACUGUCCCUCCUCGUCACACCCUCUCACUUACCUAGCCCUCCCAAUCUGAUCAACCCCCAGAUUAAGCUGCCCCAGACUGACACUUCCCCCUUUACCAUAUUUACAUGUUGUAACAUACCUGACCCCUGACCCUAUGCUACCAAUUAAUAGACUAAACUAUUGGUAACCUAAUCUGACACUUAGAACCUAACAGCGCUUAUUUACUUAAACAUAAGUAGCUUCAAGAUAACCCCUGCAAAUCAUGGCCAAAUACCACCCUGUCUUAAGUCAGAUGUUAAUUUAACCCCUUGUCCACUGUGUUAUAAACCUGGCACCUCUCUUUUCCUGUGUUAUCCAAACAGCUCUGAAAGUGUUUUGAAGUCUAUAUGCUUAUUAAUGUGAUAUCUAAAUACCUAAAAUCAUGUGAAAAUGUUAUGUCAGCUUCACUGUGCUCAACACUUAUAGAGUGCACAUCUCAGGUUCCUAGAAACCUAGUAAGUGUACAUAUUUUAUAAGAUAUAUCCUAUAGAAAUACCUUUUAUAGCACUGUAUUUCAACGAGAGUCAUUCAUGCCCUCCCUGCUUCCCUGCAUAUGAAAUGACCAGCUAUGUUUCUACUACAACUAUCAUUACUUUAUCACUAUUUGCACGGCACUGUAACACAACCAAGGCAUGAACCCCAACAGCAAAGCAACAUUUAAUCACAGAAUUAUUUUGUUUUAUGUUUUUCAACUAACCCAAGCACUUUUUGUAUUGUAAUUCAGAAUGUGCAUGGGACCCAGCCUCGCUCAAUGAAGCAACCAAUAUCAAAUAAGCGACGUGUGGUACUUGAAGGAAAUCUAAUCGCAUGUAACUCUUGUUCUCUUGCUCCCUCUCUCUCCAUCUCUCGCUGUCUCCAUCUUUUCUCUCCUUCCAUCUUUGUGUCUAUCCCUCAACCUCUCUCUCCAUCUCUCCGGUUGUCUCAUUCCUUCCACUUCUCUCAUCUUCAAACCUUUCAUUCUACCAUUUCAAACGUUUCCUGCCCCAUUCUCCCCCACUCUGCCCCUUACCCAUGUUCCCACUCCCCUACCUCCAUGGCUUGCUUGCUUCUCCCUUUUUCUCCUGUCUAUGAUUUAUCCUGCCAUCUUUUUCCCUAACCACUCCCCAACCCCCCACCCAUCCCUGCAGGGUGAGAUUCUGGUAAGUACCCCACAGAUCUAAGCCACACCCUGUUAGGGGUCAGCAGGGGUCACCAGAGCAGGAGAACUGAGGCCAGACAUCUGACACUUAAGGAAGAAUGGGGGGUUAUGGGAAUUGGUGUUUUGACAACUUGUUCCAGCCUACUCCUUUGUACAGAACUCCUGUUCAAAAUGAUGAGCUGUUUUUUCUGGUCAUAUCUUCUCUACUCCACAGGGACUGAGAGAGGGCGAGCAGGAGAAGGUAGUAGAGUCUCAAGACUAAUGGCAAACCGGAGAUCAAUUAGAAUCCUAUCGUAGUGAUGUAAUUCUCAUCGGCUUUACCCGUAAUCGGUAACGGCUUUCUCAAUAACAUCCGGGUUAUGCUCAAUAAUUGUUGGUUUCACUUAACAAGACAGCAAUUGUCUUUACAAUUGGACAAGUAGAUAGAAUAUUACUAACAUUUUAACUUUAUACUCUCAAACCUGUUAGAAGUUCUGUCCAAGCACAGGCAGAAUUGUAAAAACAUUUUUUUUUUUUAUAAUCACGUUCUUGUACCACACUGAAGUGUAAUGUUAUGAUUCCCUGUGAAAGACUAUGGAAGAGUUGGGAGGAUGUGAGAGUGGCUGGCGUCAGUUCUCCUGCUUUUGGUCCUUACCCAUGCUGCCCUGUCCAGGGGUGUAACUAGUGACCGCCACACUUUGCCUUGCCGUCGAAUGGUCCUGAACAUCUCAGGGGUGGGGGAGGAGACAUGAAUCACCAAUAAUCAUACACUAGAUGUCCGCAUUUCGAUCCUUUUGGUGUCAUUGAAAUCUCCUCUUGAUGUUUUCUCUCUAACUUAUCGUUGCAUGUAAACUUUCCACUCAAUAUUUUCACAACUCAAUAUUCCAAUCAUCACUAUAACAAUAUGUUAGUAGCACAGCUCAACUGUCCACAAACCAUUCUGUGUGGGACCCAGUCACAGGUCUUCUGGGGCUGUUUGUCAUUCCAAUCAGGGACCACAGGGUGGCGCUAGAGGAGGACGGGCAGAGGGAGGGUGUCAGGAUUCAAUCAAUGAUUAUAAUUUACAUGAAAUAACUGAUCAAAUAUGAUUUUGAAGUAAUAUAAAUUGGGUUUAAUAAUCAUUUGGAAUCUUUAUAUAUCCGUACAUCUAAUAUAUCCAUGUUUGAUUUACCAACUGGUAGUACAACAAGAUGUGUGAGAAGACCUAAAAUAAUGUGUUUACUUUAGAAAUGCUUGCUGGAUUAUGAGUGGUUACAAUGUAGGGAAGCUUUUGACAGGAAUGUAGGCAAUUAUGCCAUCAAGUGCCCUAACUUUUCUAUAGCGAUAAUAACCUUAAAAUCAGAUGUAGUCAACAGCUAAAGAUAAAACAGGCAAAAUACUUUUCUUUUUGUCAUCAUCACUGACCUAUCCUGCAUGUCAGGGCUUCUUUUUAGACAGUGCGGUAAGAAGUGUCAUAACAUUAAAAGCGUGUCACUAUCCCUUUUCUGUCACCUAACACUCCUCUUUUCUGUCUCUCACCUUGAACACUUACCACUGACUGCCAGCCAGGUUAUUUAUUUAAUUCUUUUUUUUUUUUCAUUUCAGAGGGGUUUAAGAGAAUUCCUCGCCAAGGCAAACUGAGAAUUUAACAAACUCCUAUGUUACAGCCUCUUUCUCUCUUGUUUCUUUUGUCACUUUCCUACUAAUGACCCCCCCCCCCAUUAAACCCACACCAGCCAUUUUGACACAGGAAAAAGAGGGAGAGAGAGGUUGAGAUGUUCUCUGUUUUAUCGGCAUAAAUUGACAGAAUUCUUGUCAAAGCUUGAUAUCUGCUGCCCCUGAUGGUUCUAUGAAAUGGCACUAACAAUAAGAGCAGUACUCUAAUAAGGCCUACUACAACCGGGGGUCCGCAGCCCCUUAGGUGUCCAACGUACUGCACGGGGUCCCCCAAAAAAUAAAAAGUGCUUUUUAUUUAAAUGUUUUUAUGAAUAUCACUAGCAACAACAGAAUAAACAAAUGUUGAAUUACAUACAGUUGAAAAUAAGAGUAUCUUUCUAAUUAUGUCAACUUUAUUUCUCAACUCCUAAUAUUGAGCAAAUUACACUCAUUGGAGCCAAUUGCGCUCACUGGAGUAUCUGAUAUAGGCUUUGAAAAAGCACCCACGAAUAGGCUACCAAUGCGGCAAGUGCUGCUGGUAAGCUUUCUUGACAAGGACAUACAUUUUUGGCAACACAUGGCUAACCUUUGUUUAACCAGCUAAACAGUUGUUCUUAGCAAAAAUGUGUUUGGAGUUAGCUUUCUAGCUAAUAGGCGACGUUAGAGUUUACACUUCCUCUUCCAGUUAUAAUGUGUGGAGGUCAAAAUAAUGAAAAACUAUUUAUCAAAUCUAUUCAUUUAAAAAUGUUAUUACUUCUCCUAGACAUCACCAUUACUACUUCUUGACAUUAUCAUUCACCUGAUAAGACAAGACGUGAAAAUAAUAUUUGCUAAUGUAUGAUGGGGGUCCCUGGGUUGCCGGUUUGUCUGCGAGGGGGGUCCCUGGGCAUGAAAAGGUUGAAGACCUCUGCUCUAAUAAAACUCUCGUCUACAGAAAGAACCUCUCAACCCUGCCUCUCAUCUCUUUUUCCUCCCUCUCCCUUCUUUAAAUCCUCCUUUUAUUUUUUUCAUCCCCCCUCUCUCUACCCGUCCGCUCCGUGAGCUGUGGCUCAGUCUACCCGUCUCCACUGUCUCUGCAUAUCGCUGUAUUCCUCUCCCACACUCUCGCCCUCCUCCUCUUGCCUCUCCCGUCCCUUUCUCCUGUUCCUUAGAUAGGUAUUUAGCCUCCUACAGGCCCUACACUGGAGUGUAUGUCUGAGUCCUCUGCCCAGUUAACCCACUAACCCUAGUCUUUUUGGCUAACCUUGUAUAGGCUAGCUUUUACUGACCCGCUUACCCUAACAUACCACCGCCGACCUUUGAUCCCUGAUCCCAUGUGGGGCCCAUUUGGUCUGGAUGCCCCAUAUUUAUUUGUUUGUUUGUUUUGAGGUUAUUAAGGUUUCCUGUUUUAAAAUGUGUAAAACUCCAGUUAAUUCUCCUUUCUGAAUGAUGCUUUUGUAUGCUUACUAUAUACAUCAGUGAUAUAGGUUCAGAAACAUUGUUUUAGUGGUAAAUCUUUAUACUCAGAAUAGAAUAGUUUAUAUAGAGUAAGUAGAACAUCUUAGUGCUUAUAUUGCUAAGACCGGAGAAAUCAAAACUCACACUUAGUACCCAGGGAAUAUUUUUAUUAGUUAACUUAGUCAUAUCACAAUAUCUCCAGGAGGCAAACUCAUUAAUACUUUAAUGACAAAUGUGUUUUCCCUCCAUCUUCCUGGUAUACCUUGUACCCUCCCACCCUUAUCUCUCCCCUAACAGGUGAUCCGUAAAGGCUGGCUCACCAUCAACAUCAGCAUCAUGAAAGGAGGCUCCAAGGAGUACUGGUUCAUCCUGACCGCAGAGUCACUAUCCUGGUACAAGGAUGAGGAGGUUAGUGUCUAAGACUGGGAUAAUAAAAUACUGUACAAUACAACACAUACUAAUACAAUACAAACUGCCAGAAAGAAAUUAUUAUGAAUUAUCAUAACCAUAAUCUUAAUUCUGCUACCAGUCAAUGGGCUGAUAUAUGAUCUGCACUGCAUGCUCCCUCCUCCCUCUCAUUGUCAUGGUGGAGAAUCAGAUCAGGCUAGAGCCUCUCACCAGAGCCCCUGCCGGCCGGUGGUUAGAUGUGUCCUGUGUGUGUGUGUCCCGGCCCAGCCUAACCAAUGUGCAGACUACUGUUCAGCUGCAGCCUGAUGAACAGGUAGUCUGAACACUGGGCAGGCGGGGGGGUGAGGAGGGGUGAGGGCCCGCGGGGUCACUCCGGCUGCAGGUCAGUGCCCUAGGGACAGGACGGGGGGGGAGAGAGAUGGAAGGAGAGUAAACAUUCCUCUGAUAAAGAAAGCAACCACACUCAGACUUUGAGGUCCAAAUAUAACUAUUGACUAAUUUAGUAUGAUGAUAUAAUGGAGAAAUGUUGAGCUUACAACUUUUUUAUAGAUUUUGAUCAACUUAAAGUUUAAACAGCCGUUACUGUAUUUACUUUCAGUACUUUUUGCACCAUAACAAAACAGCAAAGUUUUUGGCCCACUCUGUGUGACUACACACUACUCUGCACAGUCAGCCCAAAAAAACAAGAUUUCAAAUGGUCAUUUCAAAGGCUGGAAAAUGUAUGGAAAAGGCAUAUCGAUAAUACAUAUUUUAUGAUGUUUUAGUUGAACAAAGUUUAAAUAAUAUUAAAGAAAUAAACCAAAACCACAAGGGAGCGGAUGUAUUCGGAAAUAUAGUCUUACUUUUAAACUUACCAUUGGUUUGCUCAGAGCAGCCCAGGCUUUGGCAAAGAUGUCCCCUCUCUCUCCCAGCGAAACGAAAAGAGCUUCAAAAGAUGCCGCCGAUCGCUGACCAGAGCUAAAGACAAACCUUUAAACCUGUAACUCUGACUACACCUAAAACCAACUGGUACCGUUCAGUUUCUACCAGUCCUCUGAGGCGGAAUGGAGCGAAAGAAGGAGAAAGUGCAUGAGAGAGAGAGAAGGAGCGAGGGAGGGAGGAUGGUGGAAGCAAACUGACGUGGCAGGCGGGCUGAAAUGUUCCAGCAGGGAUCUGACUUUGGAAUUUGCAGGAAAUCGUACUGGGUUACUGGGGGCGGGUUGGGGGGGGUGGGGGGGCGGGUUGGGGGGGCGGGGGUGGUGUAUGUUUGUCUUGGUUUAUAUGGUUGUAUGCCACUUUCAUGUGUCUAUGUUUGGGUUUGCACAAGCACAUGGGUGUUUGUAUGUUUUCAUGUGUGUGGUUAUAUAUUUGUGUUUCGGGUGUGUGUGUGUGUGACGAGGGCAGGGGCUUUGAGUGAUGUAACUGUUGGGACUGUGCGGCUCUCUGUGAUAGUGCAGACAAACGCUUCCAGAUGCUUCUCCUCAACAGUGCAAAGCUGGCAUCCCUCCCCCCGUCUCUCUCCCCCAUGCUGCUCCACUCUCCCCUCAUCCUCCCUUUCUCCCUCUCUUCUUGCCAGCCUGGUGGUCUCAGUCUCAUACAGAGGAAAUGCAUUCCACUCUGUCUGCUCAUUGGUGGAGAAGCCUAGUGUGGCCCAGUGUUGUAUUCCAGUUUUUCAAAGUUGACCAUGAAUAGUUUCUUAAUGGCCGUCUUCAUGGCUUCCUCUUAUUUGUGUACUUUAGUGUUUUUUAAUGCCGUCAAGGAUUUGCUCCUCAAGAUGUUAUUGCUGUGAGUUCAGAUCCCCCCUCUCUCUGUGUUUUAGGAGAAAGAGAAGAAGUACAUGCUGCCCCUAGAUAACCUGAAGCUGAGGGAUGUGGAGAAAGGCUUCAUGUCCACCAAACACGUCUUUGGCGUCUUCAACACUGAAUCCAGGUCAGGGAAAUGUAUGUGUGUGUUGUGUAUGUAUGUCCUUGUGUAUCCUGUUCCACAGAAGUGUCAUUUCAAUUCAUGGAGUCAAGAAGUAAACUGACAUUUAAAUGUUACAAAAUCCUCAGAGAAGCAUUGAGGGAAAUUUACUUAGUGAAUUGACUGAAAUUAAAUAGAAUUUACACCCACCCUGAUUCUGUUUGUGUUUUGCCAUCCAUCAAGCAGGAAUGUGUAUAAGGACCUGCGUCAGAUUGAGCUGGCCUGUGACACCCAGGAGGAUGUGGACAGUUGGAAGGCCUCCUUCCUGAGGGCUGGGGUCUACCCUGAGAAGGACCAGGUACUGGACCCAAACUCACUCAAAUAGUCUUUGGGUCGCUUUCCCGGACACAGAUCAAGCCUAGUCCUGGACAGACUUAAGAACAUGCUCAACGGAGCUUCGCCAUUGAAAGGGCUUUGUAGUCCAGGACUAGGCUUGAUCUGUGUCCGGGAAACCGACCCUUGAAGUUUGAAUGUUAGCAGAAGCAGAGGUCAAAACAAACGGACACAUUGUGGUGACAGCCUUUGUCUGUGUUUGAUUAACAAUAGACAUGCACCUAUACUUAUUGAUGACAUCACUGAUGAUUGUCAUACGGCUUUUUUCUUUUUUCUCAUGCACACCAAUUCAUGAUUCAAGGGAGAUUAUGAGGUACAUGUUGUCUAAUAUCAGAGGGAUUGGAUGUAUGAUUCCCAAUGGCAUACAUCUACCACAAUGUAUCCCAAUGGCAUGCAGUAGUAUUAGCUAUAGUGUGUUGACCUCAAACACUCAGAGAGAACAGGUAUGUGUGGCCUCAAUUCAAAGGGCCUGUUUGGAUCGGUCAUGUUUCCUCUACCUCCAUCCAGAGGUAACAUCUCUCUCUGUGUUCCCCAGGUGGACACUGAGGAUACAGCCCCAUCAGAAACCUUCUCCAUGGAUCCCCAGCUGGAGAGGCAGGUGGAGACCAUCCGUAACCUGGUGGACUCCUACAUUGGCAUCGUCAACAAGUCCAUCAGGGACCUCAUGCCCAAGACCAUCAUGCACCUCAUGAUCAACAGCGUGAGUGAAAAAAGCCUAGAGACAGUCUAUACUUAGCAGGCUCUGUCGUAUAGCAGGGGUUUCCAUGAAAUGGUUGCAUGCCAGCUUUGUGUACCUAUGUGUUGACGUGUUUCCACAAGCGCCGGGGUGUUUGUGUUUUCUAGUGGAUGAGCUUAGGUUAGGUGCUCUCAUCUAGCAUCACUGAGGAUUGACUAUUCAGUGACUCCAUCUUUCAAUGGCUCCAUGCAGACUAAUAUGAUGAGUCUACUGAAAUGAAUAGGACACCACCAUUUCUCCAUAGUCGUUGGUCCUCUCCUCUCCUCUCCUCACCUUUCCUCUCCUCUCUCCUGCUCCCCAGGCUAAGGACUUCAUCCACUCAGAGCUGCUGGCCUACCUGUACUCAUCAGGUGACCAAAACAGCUUGAUGGAGGAGUCAGCUGACCAGGCGCAGCGCCGCGACGAGAUGCUUCGCAUGUACCACGCCCUCAAGGAGGCGCUGCACAUAAUCGGUGACAUCACCACCACCACCGUGACUGUCCCCGUGCCGCCGCCCGUCAACGACAGCUGGAUGCAGGAGAACAGGUAAGAGGAGGGGAGGGGAAGGGAGGCCAGGUGAGAGGAGAGGAGAGUGUGUGUGUGUGUGUGUGUGUGUGUGUAUACGCACACAACAGGGAUUUGUUGAGUUUGACGUAAAUAUGGAUUGAGUGAAUGUACCUCAAAUUCAUAUAAUGGAAGAUGUUUUGCUUCAUCCAUUGUCACAUUUCGGAACUAAAGGGGGUCAUGUGCGAGAGACUGUACAGUCGACCAAAGCUUGUUGUAGUUGUUUGUAUAAUGAUGUAUAUUUCAUUGUCUGUGUUUUUUUUCCAUUCCCCACGCCUCUUUCUCUCUGUUCUCGUCUCUCUCCAGUCCCACCCCCCAGCGCCGCCCCCCGGUCGCAGCAGCCCCUCCCCCAAGCCGUCCGCCUGCAGUGAGUGGCCCAAGGCCGGGACCACCCCUCAACCCCUCCCCAGCGUUUGGGGGGCCCCCCAUCCCCUCUCGCCCGGGCCCGCCGCCCAUUAACGCCUUUGGCACCAUCAACCAUCAGGACCCCUUCAGUGCCCCCCCGCUGAUCCCCUCUCGGCCUGCUCGCAUCCCCCCUGGCGUGCCCAGGUAAGACCACCUCCGCCCCUCAGGAGGGAGCAGUACCUACCUACCUAUCCUUACACAGGAAUAAUAUCUCCUCAUGGACACUAUAUUAACCUGUGUAACCCUCUUUAUUCAUUGUUGAAUUGCCAGGUUAUCACUAUAACUGCAGCACCUGGCUCUGACUGUCUGUUGAUGUCAAUAGAUGGAUUUAAGUUUCCUCCCAGACCCACCUUUCACAUUACUACCUCCACCUUUUCACCUUUUCUUUACACACUUCUCUUCCUUUCUCUCUCCUCCAGAACUUGGUUAUCUUCUCUGUUUCAUAAAAUCCUUCUCUUAACUCCUCGUCUCUUUUGCGCUCAACUCCCUUUCUUUGUCUCUUUCUUCUUCUGUUCUCCCUAUCUCUCUGUGGGAUUGUUUCUCUCCAUUCACGUCUCACGAUCUCUCCUCUGUUCUCCUGCUCUUUCUAUCUCUCUGGGUUUGUUUCGUUACUCUCUCUCUCUCUCUCUCUCUCUCUCUCUCUCUGUCUCUCAUGUCUCUCCGUGAGCAUAUCUCACCUCCUGUUCUUGCUCUCUCUCUCCCCUGCAGCCGAAGACCCCCUGGCGCUCCACACCGGCCCACCAUAAUCCGCCCUGCCGAGCCCUCCCUGCUAGACUAGACUACCCAGUAGAUCCAGCCAGGUUCACCUGUGUGUGUACUGAGGCCAGAGGGGAGGGCUACAGAGGAGGGGAGAAGGGGGCGCCUAUAUAGUAUCUAUGCACAUUGAUAUAUAUAUAUACUAUUUCAACCAGGCUUAUCUAAUGUAGUUGACUCAAACUGUUCUCUGAUAUAAGCUGCUAACCCUCCCUUAGUCUCCAACACAUGUGGGGUCUCUCUGGUCUCCACAUUCUAAAGAAGCAAAGAAACCAUAACCACUUGAAUAUUCUGAAUCAGAAGAUUAUAUAAUUACACUGUUUUGGAUAUUGUACCAUAGAAAAAUAUCCACCUGAUUCAUAAAGAGUUAAUCGCUCACCUUUGACCAGCAGGGUGCACUCACGGCAUCAGAUGGGUAUGGGUACAUGGAAGUGACAUGCCCCUAAGCAGCCUGUUUUUUGUGAUAACAGAAUAAUUUCCUCUCUGAAAAGGUGGACUGCAGCAUAGUCUAAAACCUCUAAAGACAUCUUUAGACAUGCCCUCGCCUCGCGCUCUACUACACCCUAGACCUCUGUGGAAUAUACACACUCAUCCUGUUCAUAUUUUCAUGGUUUUUCUAACUUGAUUUCAUACUGAAAAAUAGUUAUUAUUAUUAUGACUACGGUGGUGUUGAUGAUUACUUUCUUCUUAUUUUAUUUGAGUGACUUGUCUGUUUUAAUGCCCCCGGUAUGUAGCUUAAAAACCAGUCUCUAAUCACAGCAAAAGGAGGCAUAAAAAUACAAUUUAGCAGUGCAGGGCAACACAUGCGGCUGAGAGGAGCCUUAUAAAAUGUGCCCGUUUAUUAUUGGAAUGUCCUGCCACCGUUGAGAAAAUGUCAUCUAGAUUGACCACUUGAAGCACUUCUGUGUACAUCCAUACAUCCACUGGUAGCGUUGAGGUUGUCAUUACUUUAAGACUAUGCACAAUAAACAUGGAGGAGAGAGAGUUGUCAGCACUUUGAGAGAUGAUUUCUCCACUCAUCCUUAAGUAUAGAGUUAUCCCAGCACCUUAAGUCUGUUAACCUCACUGAGACCUUAACCAACCUCGGGUGGACCUUCAUUCAAAGUCCCAUUCAGGACAAGGACAGGUGAAGGGGAGAGUCCAGUAUGGUUUCCUGGAGCAGGGUGAGAGGGUGGGGAGACAGGCAAGGGAAGGGGAGCUAUGUGGUUAGAGCUGGAGAGACGGCUGUUUAGGAACGAAACUUCUUCCUGUCACAAUUCAAUGGUAAUUUGUCUUUAUGGUUGAGAGACCCUCCCGGUGUCUUGGAAACACCAUUGUACAUAGCUGAAGGACAGUCUCAGUACAGACACACAGAGAUGGUGAUGUCUCCAUUUUUAAAAAGGACUGAUGGAGAAUGGUGUUUAAUGGUGUUCAUUGAAAACCAAACAUUUUAUUCUGUAGUAAUCGUUAUACUAAUUGAAGCACUAACACAGCCGUUAUAUUGAAUUAGCUUGGGAUGUAGGGAAACGUUGAUUUGAUCUCCAGAUCGUAUUAAUUCAUUAUUUAUAACCCUGGGCAUUUGUCAUGUGUCAUUUUGAUAGAAAUGAUUUCAGCUGUAUACAGCACAUUCAGCCUACUUCUCCCCCUCUAGAAAGGGAAAUUGAAAGUCUUUCUGGUAGUGAGUUAGACUACAGGGUUCUAGUUGGAAUAACUGUUGCCACUGGGAGGGUUUAGAUAGGAAUGAAGAGUGUCUGUCUUCACAGCUGUGAUUCUUUACUGGGUGUAUUUUGGGGGUGGGAUGGAGAGGAGUCCGGAGAGUGAGUGACAAAUGGACUACUUUGAUGUUUUUCUGUUUUGAUUUGAUGAUGAAUAUUGAGGGUGAGCGGGUGACGGAAGUUAAACUUUUGUUGCUCUUUUUGCUGUACAUGCACAUCCUGCCUGGAGAACCUAUCCAAACUAAAUAGAGCUCAGCCCAAUACCUUAUACUCCUUACAGAAAUCCAUUAUAUGAGUAAAUGUGGUACAGGUAGAGGGUCAAUUUGGUAGGAACUGUCUAAAACCACAGACUCUCUGGGCAGAAUGUGCUUUUCUUCCCUUAUGUUUCCAUCAGGUCUGGCUACAGUGACAGUGCUGCUAGUGGGUGUCUGACUCUGAUCUCAGCUAACUCCAACUAAAGCCUCUGGGAAAUGCAGUCUAUCCAUGCUCCCAAAGGUUUCAAUCUCUUGACCAAGUAUAGAACCCCAACUAGGAAGAGAUUGGCCUUACAUUUAUGCUGUCACUGAUGUUGAGGAGUCGUAGGGGAAUUGAACACGUUCCCGUUCUUAUGAAAGUGUCUCUGUCACCUGACGGUAUCUGUCACUGUAGCCUUUCCCCCUACACCCCAUUUCCUGAUCUGUGAAGUGUAAGAUGUUGGUGACUGCCUUUCUCCCUAUUGGUGCCCCCCCCCCCCCCCACAUACACACACACUCUCCACACUCUGUAUCUCUCAUCUCAUGGGUGGGGGGAACUGACCUGCAUCGAUCUCUUUCUUUUGUUUUUGCAAAGCAUUGUCAAGUGCCUCUGUAGCAAUUUAAUGGAUUUGAAUAAACAAACGAACCAAUUUGGAACACGAGCGCUAAAUAAAGAGGUUUUGUGUACAAUAAAGAGACUGGUGGUUGGUGUCUCCUUGUGUCUUGUGUGGUCCCCCCUCUCUCUCCUGUCUCAUUGGUUGACCUCACUCCUGGGUCUCUCUCCUGGUAUCUUGCUCUCUUCUUCUUGCCCCUCCUUUACUGUGGAUGUUGCUAUGCUCAUUUCUGUGCUAACGGGCUGCCUGCCUUUUGACUUGAGUUAAAAGUGGAAUGAAAGUUGUGAAGGACAAGAAUUCCUGGAAUAAUAAGUUAUUCAGUGUUUCCUUUUUUCUGCCUUCCUGAUAAUGUUUCUCUGAAUGCAAGGUGCACAUACUGUACUAUAGAACGCAGUACUCUGUUGUAGUGUUAGUAAUAAUAGUGGAGGAGGGUUGUACAAGGCCUUUAGUCUACAACUAUACUGAUUCUAUUAAAUGUUUAUGGUCUAUUCAACUUGAUUUGAUUUCUGUCUCUUGCUGCCCAUAAUACAUCACAUUGCCUAUAGAAAACAGGCAGCUAUGGUAAUAGGAGGAAUGAUCAGCUAAAGAAAGCAGGAAGAUUAGAUGGACACAAACUCUUAAUGAUAGGAAAUGAAUGUUCUUAGGUCUUCCCUUACAAAAACCUAUAUUUUCUCAAAAGGUCUGUUGUGAGUUGCUAAACCCCUCACAAUCACCAAACUGCAUUACGCAUUAAAAAUACUUGAAUGGGAGAGAGUGUGAUUAAUGUUGGUCUGUCGUUAUGAUUGUCCCUGAACAGGCGGCCUGCUCCUGCUCGUCGUAACCAGUGGUGACCUUGCCCCAAAGCAGGAUGGGAUUGGAGAUGCACUGUCCACAUACCAGCAAGAGAACCGGACCUGUGAAGAAUCAUAAACCUUGAACACCUUAACUUUCAAUAUUUUCCAAAUAAUAGGUUUCAGAGCUGGUUAAACUCUAAAAGCCAUAACUUAGUUGAUAACAUGAAAUACAAGAGGGAGCUUUUUCCAUGCAACUGUCAAAGAUGUACUCAUUUUACAAUAACUGAAGGCAUUUCAGGAAAACAGCCUCCUUUAACUGCUUUUUUUUGCAUAAGCUGUAAUAAUAUAU